UCUGUGCGACUAAACUUUCAAAGGGAGAUGUAGACCCACGCACCAUUGAUACCACAACAGGAUAAGACACUCGCUUUUGGAUGAUUACUAUCAAACCAUUGAUUCUGAUUAGGCGUUCUGGGAUCAGUCAAUUAUGAGGCACCUUAGGUCAUAACCACCGCACAUGAAGACUCCCGACCCGUAAUAAGCAAGAGGGCCGUGAGAAUCCGUGAGUGAGGAACACCAAGAAAGGGAGCCAUUGGUAACCCCUGAGACGACGGUACCGAUCGAUGAUUAGCCUGCCGCUGAUUAUAAAUUCGAGCCUAGGAGCUCCCUUUUACUCAACAUUUCCUUCUCUCUCUCGUUAAAAGUGUCUCCAACCCUUCGAACUACAGCUUUACUCCAGAACGCUCCAACCCCAACCAAACUAUUGUUACUGAAAACCUUUGCGGCUCCAUAUAUGUCUUCCAGCAGAUCCAUCGAGAUAAUUCCUCGAAGGAACACUGACCGAGCCAAUGCAGAUCAUGGUUGGCUCAAAACUUUCCAUACAUUUUCGUUCGCAAAUUACCAUGACCCGAAACACGAGUCUUUUGGUUCUCUACGCGUCUUGAACGAGGACCGCGUAGCACCUCGCACUGGUUUUGGCACCCACAGCCAUCAAGAGUAUGAGAUUUUUUCCUAUGUGAUUAGUGGUGCGCUAGAGCACCAAGACUCUAUGGGCAACACUGAGAUACUGUCUCGUGGUGCCAUCCAGAUGACCUCCACUGGAACAGGCAUCUCUCACUCUGAGAAAGCCCAUGGCUCUGAAGAGGUACAUUUCUGCCAGAUAUGGGCAUCUCCCCGUCCCGGAGAAGGAAGAGGAAAACCCGCCUAUUUUACCAGACAUUUCACCGACCAAGACAAGCGAAACCAAUUCAGGCUUAUCGUUGCGCCUUCUAAUUCAUCUGAAGUCUCGACUGGGAGGGAGGCUGAAGGCCCCGCCCCAAUUCGCUCCCAGCUUCGCGCAUAUGCGUCGCUCAUGGAUCCUGGUAUAUCCCUUGUGCAUGCAUUCCACCCAAGCCGCAACCCUGAGGGACGUAAAGCGUACAUUCACGUCGUUCAAAAAUCUGGAUACAAUCCUGGUAACGCCAAGGGCGUCAGAUUGCGCGUUGGCGCUCAAAUCGAGGGGCCGAUAAUCGAGCUUAGAGAAGGAGAUGGUUCAUAUAUGUUUGUGGGAAAGGAUGCUGAACUGAAGGUUGAGAACGCAGGGGAAGAUGCGGUCGAGUUUUUAUUAUUUGACAUGGAGUAAAAGCAACUGUAAACGCUUAUCCUACGUGAUUCCACUGUAAAUCCACCUUAUUAUCGAUGGUUUGUGUGAUUUGAGG